CAACCUCGGGAAGCGCGACCUAAAUCACCUAAACCCCCGCCACAUACAAAUCCAGUUGCCUCGUUUUCAUUUCAUAAAUAAAACCAAACCAAAUUUCAUUUCUAUCGCCAACCUCAAACCUGUUCCACACUUGGACUCAAACUCUGCAACUUCGAAUUAACCCAGUUUCCAAUGGCGGCCAAAGAACCGCAGAUAAUCAGAGACAAGAACCAGAUGAGGAACUGGUCAAGAGCCAUGAGAUCCCAAGGCAAAACCAUCGGCCUCGUACCCACCAUGGGCUACCUCCACGACGGCCACCUUUCCCUCAUCAGAGAAGCCCGCACGCACUCCGACGUAAUCGUCGUCUCCAUCUACGUCAACCCAGGUCAGUUCUCCCCCUCCGAAGACCUCUCCACGUACCCUUCUGACUUCCACGGCGAUAUCCAAAAGCUCAUGUCUGUUCCUGGCGGCGUUGACGUUGUUUUCAAUCCUCAUAAUCUCUACGACUAUGGAACCAGCACGAGCACGUCGGUGAGUGACGUUGAAGGAGCAAAAGCGGUGUCUUGUGUGGAGGAGAAGGGGUUGGGGCAUGAGACUUGGGUUAGAGUUGAGAGACUGGAGAAGGGUAUGUGUGGGAAGAGUAGGCCUGUGUUUUUCAGAGGGGUUGCUACUGUUGUCACCAAGUUGUUUAACAUAGUAGAGCCUGAUGUUGCUCUGUUUGGGAAGAAGGAUUAUCAGCAAUGGCGGAUUAUUCAGCGUAUGGUUCGGGAUCUUGAUUUUUCUGUUAGAGUGAUUGGUUCUGAUGUAGUGCGUGAAAACGACGGCCUGGCUAUGAGUUCACGAAAUGUGCGCCUCUCACCUCAAGAACGGGAAAAGGCACUAUCUAUAAGCAAAUCACUAUCAAGAGCUAGAUGCUCUGCAGAAAAGGGUCAUAUUAGUUGUAGGGAAUUAACAGAUUCAGUCAUCGAAGAGGUCAAUGAAGCCGGUGGAAGGGUUGAUUAUGCUGAGAUUGUUGACCAAGAAAGUUUGGAGCCAGUUGAAGAAAUAAGAAGUUCUGUUGUGUUCUGUAUCGCUGCUUGGUUUGGCACGGUCAGAUUGAUAGAUAAUAUGGAGAUCAAAUUAUGAAUCUGAUGUCCUACACCUCAAGGAAACAAUUCCACAUGUUAAGUUCAUUUUCUCUCCUCCCUCCGGCCAAGCCAUUUGAAGGGAAUAUCUCUCAUGUUUUGAUACACAGUAAAAAGAGCAUGAGCACAAGUACGUUCUCUUACAACAUUUAAUUGGUCUCUACAUUUACAGGAAGAACUUAUCGUUAUUGGAAUAUUUUGUUGAAUUCUGGUUGGGGAACAUUUCAGGAACAUUUACAGAUUUACUUCUUAGUUAACACACAAGUUCUCUUUAGUUGUUUUCUUUCUUGUUUGGGAUGGAGCUAAACACAGCCCAGGGAAAUAUAUGUUGAGAAUUCUACAAACCUCAGCUAUGUCCCCGAUUUAUCGACCAGGAGUAUAGUUCUCAAGAACUUCUAUUCCUAAAUUCUUAUGAUGGUCUGUAUUUGCACAUCAUAUUAGGUCACUAAUAGGUUGUCCUUUCAUCAAAUGCCGAUGGUUAUUUAUACAACUAUUGUUGUACGUGAGCAAUGCCUCAGGAGGUAAGGUUCCGAACUGAAGGACAGUCGUGAACACUUUAAACAACUUUUGGUCUCAAUUCCGGCAAGAGAAACUGCCAACUACAGGUUAGAAACUUAGAAUCACUCAGA